ACCGAGUGGAGUGUGCCCUUUUGGCAGUUGCCGAUCUAUUACGAAACCCUUUGCCAUUAAUCUCAAUAACAUCAAUUGGAUAUACAAACACACCACACACAACCAUACUUGAGUGCACUAUCAAUUGACUGGGAGCCAUGCAUCGCAACGAUGUCUCCAGUGGCGCUGGAAGCCAUAGAAAGGCCCUGGAUCAGCAGCAGAAGCACCGAACUGCAACAGCCGAUGCAGUCACAAUGUGUUCCCGCAACAUAAAGAUCUCGGUGGUGCUGUUUCUCGUCUUGAUACCAAUCUUCACAGCCUUGCCACACAACCACAAUCUGUCGAAGCGCAGCAACUUCUUCGAUCUGGAGUGCAAGGGGAUCUUCAACAAGACCAUGUUCUUUCGCCUGGAUCGCAUCUGCGAGGACUGCUAUCAGCUGUUCCGCGAGACGAGUAUACAUCGGUUAUGCAAGCAAGAAUGCUUCGGAUCGCCCUUCUUCAAUGCCUGCAUAGAGGCUCUUCAGCUGCACGAGGAAAUGGACAAAUAUAACGAAUGGCGCGAUACCCUGGGCCGAAAGUAAACGGGCACUGGCACUGGCACUGGCCUUGGCUUUGGCACUGGCACGAGCAGCUACUUAAUUCUAUAACCUAACCAUACUAUGUACUACUACUAUACAUCUAUCUAGCCACGAUAGUGGCAGAACCAGAAUACGAUACGGCACGAAACAAUGGCAUCAAGGAAACAAACGAUCGAUCGACCCGAGAAGAUGACAAGAAAAUGUCUAAAAACUUGAAAUAAAUAAAACUUAAAGCGAGAGAAACAAAACAAACACAAAACCAAACAGAAAUGUUGCAAAAAAUAUUAACUACAUAUUAACAACGAUUAUUGUAUGCCACAUGCAUGUGGGAGAGUAGAAAUUCGAAUUCAGUUUGUUGUAUUUUGUUUGUUCUGUUCCGGCCGAUCCAGCCAUUGUAUAACAGUCUCGUGGAGAAUUUAGUUUAGUUAUAACGAGAAUUAUGAUAGUUUCAUUUAGUUCUUCCAUAGAAAAGCCAGCAAAAGCAAAGCAAACGAACAAGAAUCAAAAUGUCUGAUGUAAAUAAAUUAUUUGUCUUCUCUUUUUAAAUAAUUCUACGCAUACGCACUUAUUUAUAAUGCCUCUAUAUAUAUUUUGUACAUUUCCUUCAUUUUGUAAGCUUAAGUUAUUAACCUGUUAUGGCAAUGAGUUGAACGUUCUACCACACCACACACACUGUAAGGGGUACCAUCGUAGUACCAUCGGAUAAUCCAUGCCACAGCAAUAGAGCAUUGAAAAAGCAAAAGAAAUCCACUACAAUACACGGCACAAUUCGAUUCGAUUUAGUCUACCAUUGCAAAUGCAUAACUAUUAAUUAAUUUAAACUUGUUUGGAUCUAGUCGUAAAAUAUAAAUAAAGAUUGUAUAUUUCAAGAGGAGACAGUCGGCGGUGAUUUUUACUUGCGGUGCAAAACUUUAUUAUAACUUCAAUAUACUCUCUCCAUAAUCAACAUUUCAAGUGCCAAAAAAGUCUUCACAUUAGUAUGAUAUCAGAAAUCAAGCUGCAGCACCAUCGCAUUACUUGAGAUGAAUGAAAUGCCAAGUGUCGACUGCAAGAACAAGAGGAAUAUGGAUUUAACGAGGUUUAUUUCCUAUAAAACAUACUAUAUACAAGUGUAAACAGAAUAAAGCAAAGAUACUUAUGGCAUGUA